AUGGAGCACAUACACGGUCAACUUCCGAACCAUCCAUGUUCCACUCGCUGUUCGAGUGCAGACUAUGUGCCUAUUGUCCUCAAUCACUGUUCAUCGAACUGCAACAUUGCACAAUCUACAAAGACCCAAGAAAUCGCAAAGCUUCGCAAAACCCUUGAUUUACUCGAGGCUAAAGCUGACGCUCGACAAACCCGUGUCGUCAUUGCCAUGUCAGGGAUCGACGGGUUCUGCACCAACAUUGAUGGGCUCCAUGAAUUCUUCAGAGUUUAUGUCAAUAUCAUCAUUACAUUCAUCGUGUUUCACGGCCAGGAUCAACAUCAGCUCUAUUCGGCGAAAGCUCUGCUGUCAGCCAUUCAAGACAUCAAGGCUCAGACAGUCGUUCCGGAGAGCCCACCUCAUUUGUUUGUCCUACGCAUGAUUUCUGUCGCUAUCGGGAAAGAGAAACAUGCAGACAGCAACAGGGAUCUUCAACGAAUGCUUACCGAACGUCGAAACAGCGAGUGGGUCCCCUAUGAAAUCAGACGCCCGAAGGAGCCUGCCGAGGUCGAGGCCAUUGUUGGCACACUGCCCGAACAGAGUGGUGUGGUUCUUCGCUAUGGUCUUGAACGAAAUGACCAGGGGCGAUUCAUUUGUCCAUAUCAACCAUGUGCCACCAACUGCACCACAAAUGACAAUAUCAUCAUCCACUUGAUCAGCCAUUGCCGCACCCAAAGUAAAUGCGUGCUCUGCCCCAUUCAUCUAAUCGGCGACUUCUCCGCUGGGAACUUUAAAGACAGUCCAAACUCUGCAUUCGUCAUCAGCCUCAAGGAACACCUGCUGCACCAUUUGCCCCCAACAUACUUCUGCUUGCAUGAAGGUUGCCACAGGUCAUAUCAUACGUCAGCCGAGCUCAAGAGACACGGAGCCUACCACAAAGACUCGAACGACGAGAUGUUACCAUGCCCAAACUGCGGGAAACUCCAAAAGAAGAAGUCUCUGUCCCGUCACAUGGGGUUGUGUUCAGCCGAUGAAGCCACGAAGAAGCUAUAUGAGUGCGCCAUAUGCAACGGAGUCUUUCCUAAUGCUACUAAGCUCAACAAUCACAUCCGCAAUGCUCACCAUCGGAGAGAUGAAAUCAUAGGCAUCGCGGCUAAUUCAGGACUCCUCAAUGCCGGCAUUCCGGGUUUGGGAUUGGACGCGUCUGCUGCCAUACAGGACGCCGUCGAUAAUAUACAAUCCGCCCCAACGCAAGAACAUGGUAGCAACUUCUCAAAGGUUGAAAUCUGGCCAGCAAAAGCGAAAGCGAACGGUCUCCGCACCUCCGACCCUGUUCGUUCUCUUUUCCCCGGAAAGUGA